AUGGGGUCGGGCAUAUUCGCGGGCAUGCCGUUGCAGCUGGCGGGCACGCGCAGGCUGCUGGAGGCCAUGGACUGGGGAGAGGAGCUCAACGACAAGAUUGUCCUCGGCUCUGUUGGUGAGCUCAAGGCAGGUGACUCGGUAGGAGCUGCUGAGGUGGCGCCAGAGGAUGACGUGGUGAUCAUCAUGGCUCCUCAGAAUGCGGUCGGCAACUGCAUCCUGGAUGAUCUGCAAGCCAUGGUGGAGGCAGCAGCACCACGCCCCGUCAUCAUCCUCAACCCGCGCCUCAAGGACCUACCGAGUGCAGCGGGGGUGAUGCAGGUGGCGGGGCGGGCGGAGCGGGUGGCAUUCACCGACACAUUCGAGCUCUGCUACCUCAUGCGCCUGCUCUACUUCUCGGGCACACAGUAUCCCAUCCUCGGCGCCCUCAGAAUGCGCUACCCGGACCCCUAUGAGGUGUACAAGCGCGUGGACGUGUCGUUUGGAGUGGAGCGAUACGACCUCAUGGCCUCGCUGCCCUCCCUGCCCACCUCCGCUGACAUCAGCGACGCCUUCGCUGGCAAGACGCCAAGAUCACAGGCACAACCGGAAGGCAUCUG